UGACAGAGGGAGAGAACUUCUGAGCAAGCUCUGCAGUGGCUGCCGCCGGCUUCCUUGGGGCUUAUUCCUUCAGCGAGAGGCCGGCUUCUUCACCUGGCAUUCUUGAGAGAGAUGAAGGAUUAAUCAGCCACUCGAUGGGGAUUAACAGUGGAGCACCUCUUUGUGUCGCCUUUCCACCUCUCUGUAGCAAGAAUAACAACUUCAGCACUUCUUCAAUAAUAAUUAUGAAACUGGUAUUAACUGAAUGGCAAUUAUGGAUUUUUAACUCUAACUCACAGUAAAUCAGCAAGCCAUAUGUUGAAAUUCCUACCAAAUAGCUUUUCAUUCUUGAUGUCUCAUAUCUAUACAAGAAGUUGUGAGAUACCUGUUUGUACAAGAGGAAUAUAAGCAUUACUUGCCAGAGGAACAGAAGUUGAAAGAGAAGACACCCUAACUUGUUCGUGGAGUUAUGGUAGUAUUAUUUAUAUAGAUAUAACAAAUAUAUAUAUAUAUAUAUAUUUUUAUGGUAAUGAAAAUGGCUCCCCAGAAUGCUGACUCGGAAUCUAUGCAAGUUCAAGAUCUACCUGUGGCGCAGCUUCAGAAACCAGAAAACAAGGAGAAUGAAAGUAGGGAGGAGACCAUUAGCGAAGGAUCCAUAGACCGGAUACCGAUACGCCUGUGGGUGAUGCAUGGGGCAGUAAUGUUUGGCAGGGAAUUUUGUUAUGCCAUGGAAACAGCUUUGGUAACACCCGUAUUGUUACAAAUCGGUCUUCCUGAACAAUACUACAGCCUCACUUGGUUCCUUAGCCCUAUCCUGGGCUUGAUCUUCACUCCGCUUAUAGGUUCGGCCAGUGACCGCUGCACCCUGAGCUGGGGCCGCCGGCGGCCUUUUAUUCUUGCUCUCUGCAUCGGUGCCCUCUUUGGAGUUGCCCUUUUCCUUAAUGGCUCUGUUAUAGGUCUGGCUAUUGGCGAUGUCCCGAACAAGCAGCCCAUUGGAAUCGUUCUCACGGUGCUGGGUGUCGUGGUGUUGGACUUUUGCGCCGACGCAACGGAAGGGCCGAUUCGGGCCUAUUUGUUGGAUGUGGUGGACAGUGAAGAACAAGACAUGGCCCUUAACAUCCACGCGUUUUCAGCUGGUCUUGGAGGAGCAAUCGGUUAUAUGUUAGGAGGGCUGGACUGGACACAGACCUUCUUGGGUAGUAUUUUUAAAUCGCAAGAGCAAGUCCUUUUCUUCUUUGCAGCCAUUAUUUUCUCUGUCUCCGUUGCUCUCCACCUUUUUAGUAUUGAAGAAGAGCAAUAUAACCCUCAGCAGGACAGGAUCGAUGAGGAAGGAGACACGCUUUCCAGUGUCAAAUUCAGCGGUAGUCUCCCCCCUCUGAAUCGACUGAAUGUAAUUAGUGAGGAGGAGCCCUACGGAGCCUCCAUGUUCCACGACGAGGUUCAGUCGGAGCACGAUCUCAACAUGGAGUUCCUCGAGGUGAACAUCGUCAGGAGCAAGAGCGACUCGGUUCUGCACAUGCCCGACGCCACCUUGGAAAUCGAAUCGGAGCUGCUUUUUCUGCACGACAUCGAACCCUCCAUUUUUCAGGACGCUUCGUACCCCAACACUCCCCACAACGCAAGCCAAGAGAUCAUGAAAUCCAAACUCAACCACCUCUCUGCUUUCCUCAGGGACAACGAGAAAGAGGAGGAAAUGUUGCUCGAUAAUCGCUUAAACGAAGAUAAAGUCCCCAACGUGAACGGCUCCCUACCAAAAGAGUUCCUCAACGGCCACGCUCGAAUAGGCAUGAAGCAAUCUAGUACUUCCAAUUCCAUGAGGAGGAGGAGGCACAUGUUCUACCGCCAGCCCUCUUACACCUUCUCCUACUACGGCAAGAUAGGCUCUCACCGCUACCGCUUUCGUCGGGCCAACGCCAUCGUCUUGAUAAAGUCCUCGCGCAGCAUGAACGACAUCUACGACAUGCAGAAGCGGCAGCGGCAGCGGUGCCGGCACAGGAAUCCCAGCGGCACCACCAACUCCAGCGGAGACACGGAGAGCGAAGAAGGGGAAACGGAGACCACCGUCAGGCUCUUGUGGUUGUCCAUGCUAAAGAUGCCAAAGGAACUGCUGAGGCUCUGCGUCUGUCACCUCUUGACUUGGUUUUCCAUCAUUGCUGAAGCUGUGUUCUACACGGAUUUCAUGGGCCAGGUCAUCUUUCAGGGCGAUCCGAAGGCCCCUUCUAACUCGACCGAGUUACACGCCUACAACGCGGGAGUGCAGAUGGGAUGCUGGGGGCUGGUGAUUUAUGCUGCUACUGCUGCUGUUUGUUCAGCCUUGUUGCAGAAAUACUUGGACAACUAUGACCUGAGUAUAAAAGUGAUCUACAUCCUGGGCACGCUGGGCUUUUCUCUGGGCACGGCAGUGAUGGCCAUAUUCCCCAACGUCUACGUCACCAUGAUCAUGAUCAGCACCAUGGGAAUAGUCUCUAUGAGUAUCUCCUACUGCCCCUACGCGCUUUUGGGACAAUACCAUGAUAUUAAACAGUACAUUCACCACAGCCCCGGGAACUCGAAGCGAGGAUUUGGCAUCGACUGCGCCAUCCUGUCCUGUCAGGUUUACAUCUCCCAGAUCCUGGUGGCCUCUGCCUUGGGUGGUGUGGUGGACGCGGUCGGCACGGUCCGAGUCAUUCCCAUGGUGGCUUCCGUGGGCUCCUUCCUGGGUUUUUUGACAGCUACCUUCUUGGUGAUUUACCCCGAAGUCAACGAAGAACCGAAGGAAGACCAGAAAGGACUAGGUCCUCCAGAGACCACCCAGGGCAACGGCACCGGCGCCGAGAAGCCCCCGGUGCUGAAGCUCACGAGGAAAGGAGCGGCCGCGGCGGAGCCGGAGAGCGAGUCAGCCGUGUGAGCUCCUUCACCCACAUUCCAGGGAGGGCAGGUGCAGGAUUAAGGACUUUUUUUUUUUCUUUCCCCCCCCUCUCCCACCCCCCCAGGAAAACAAAUUAAGAUCUUCACUACUUGUAGCUAAAAUGACAGAAGAGAAGUUCCAUGCAAAAGUGUAAAUGAAAUCCUGUAGUCCUUAAUCCAGGCUCGGACCGGUCGCCACCGCGCUCGUUGCUUUCUCUACAAUUUAGAAAUGUCAUUUCCGAACACUUUUUUUUUUUUUUUUUAUGAAGAAUACAUUUAGAUUUCAACUAAGUUUUAUUAAUCUGCAUGAGACUCACAGUGUAUACAAUUAGCCAGUUAGAAAAAUUAAGUUUUCGGCUGUUUUUAAACUAACUGAAAAUGGAAGCUAUUCCUGA